AUGUCAAGUCAAUCUGAUCAAUUAAAACCUGGUGGAUCGGUUGAUGAGCGUCCUCGUCGUAAAUCUGAUGUAACACCUCCAUCCGAUGACACAGUAAAAGUGCCAAAAUCGUUGUUAAAUCUAUUUCAAAAUGAUUUAGUACAACAACAACCACAACAACAAUCUACCACAAAUGGAAAAGAAACAACUAGCACCAGUAGCACUACUGUCAUCCCUACUCCAGUGGCAAAACCCGUUCAAGAACCGGUAGAUGAACGUUCAAAAUAUCGAUCGCCGUUAGUUUCACGUUAUGCAUCAAUCGAAAUGUCAUACAAUUUUAGUGAUACUAAAAAAUUCAGUACAUGGAGAAAACUAUGGUUUUGGUUAGCCAAAUGUCAGCAACGUCUUGGACUGGAUAUAUCUGACGAACAGUUGGAUGAAAUGGAAAAAAAUAUUUUCAAUAUUGAUUAUGAUAUAGCUGAAGCAGAGGAGAGACGAAGGCGGCACGAUGUUAUGGCACAUGUUCAUACGUUUGCAAAAUGCAGCCCAAAAUCUGCACCAAUUAUUCAUCUUGGGGCUACCUCUGCCUUUGUUGGCGAUAAUGCGGAUCUUAUUGUGAUGCGAGAUGCGUUUGAUUUACUGAUUACAAAGCUUGCUGUAUGUAUUCAACGUUUAUCUCAAUUUGCCCAAGACUAUGCUUGUUUGCCCACAUUGGGCUAUACUCAUAUGCAACCAGCUCAGUUAACAACUGUUGGAAAGCGAGCAUGCAUGUGGAUACAAGAUUUAUUAAUGGAUUUAAAAAAUUUUGAUCGAAUGAAACGACAUUUACGUUUUCGAGGUGUCAAAGGUACAACGGGAACGCAAGCAAGUUUUUUACAAUUAUUUAAUGGCGAUCAUUCGAAAGUCGAAGAACUAGAUCGAAUGGUGACCGAGAUGGCCGGUUUUACAAAAACAUUUAUAAUAUGUGGUCAGACAUAUACGAGAAAAUUAGAUGUUGAAGUUUUAAGUGUAUUAGCUAGUUUUGGUUCGAGCAUUCACAAAAUGUGCACAGACAUUCGAUUAUUAGCCAGUUUAAAAGAAAUUGAGGAGCCAUUUGAAAUUGAACAAAUUGGUUCAUCUGCUAUGCCAUAUAAACGCAAUCCAAUGCGGUGUGAACGUUGUUGUUCGUUAGCUCGACAUUUAAUGAUAUUAGUCAAUGACACCUUGGGAACACAUUCUGUUCAAUGGAUGGAACGAACAUUAGACGACAGUGCAAAUAAGAGAAUAUGUAUACCUGAAGCAUUUUUGACUGCUGAUAUUAUUUUAUUUACAUUACAAAACAUAUCCGAAGGACUUGUUGUUUAUCCAAAACACAUUAAACAAGAGUUACCAUUUAUGGCUACAGAAAAUAUCAUCAUGGCUAUGGUUGCUGCUGGCGGUAACAGGCAAGAGUGUCAUGAAAAAAUUCGUACACUUUCACAAAAAGCAGCUGAAAAAGUUAAAAUCGAAGGAUUAGAUAAUGAUCUUGUCGAAAGGGUUAAAAUUGACCCUUAUUUUCAGCCAAUUGUCAGUAAACUUGACGUUUUACUCGAUGCAAAAACAUUUAUUGGGCGUGCACCAGAGCAGAUUAAAUCUUAUUUUGUUGAACAAUUCGUUAUGACUAUUGCGAAUCUUGAUACUAUUAAUAAUGAUUCUCUAGUCAAUAACAAUGAUUUACGCGAUUUAAUUCAAAUACAAGGUGAUUUAGUUCGAAAACUGAAAAGUGAAAGGCAUCUGUUAACCAGAACACAGAUCAAUGACGCGGUACAAAAGCUUUUGAGUUUAAAACAAGAACAACAGCAGCAAACGAAAGACGUGGGAAUAGAUGAAGCAGCUGUGGCAAAAGAUGAUAAAACUAUUAAAACGCCAAAAGGCACACGAGAUUAUCAUCCAGAGCAAAUGUCUGUCCGAGAAGGUGUAUUUCGAACAAUUAUCGAUUGUUUUAAACGGCAUGGUGCGGAAACGAUAGAUACACCUGUCAUGGAAUUUACGAAUAUUUUAACGGAAAAAUAUGGGGAAGAUUCAAAAUUGAUUUAUGAAUUAAAAGAUCAAAGCGGAGAAGCAUUGGCAUUACGUUAUGACUUAACUGUUCCAUUUGCACGUUACCUAGCACAGAAUAAAAUUUAUAAUAUGAAACGUUAUCACAUUGCCAAAGUCUAUCGAAGAGACAAUCCAAAAAUGGCGCGUGGUAGAUAUCGAGAAUUUUAUCAAUGUGAUUUUGAUAUAGCCGGUGAACAUGAUCCAGUGAUAGCGGAUGCUGAAUGUCUCAAAAUCGUUGUUGAAAUAUUAGAAAAAUUAGCACUGGGACCAUUUAUUGUUUAUGUCAACCAUCGAAAAUUACUUGAUGCCAUAUUUACUGUUAGCGGUGUGCCCGAUUUAUUAUUUCAUUCAAUUAGUUCAACUGUAGACAAACUAGAUAAGAUGCCAUGGGAAGAUGUCAGGAGUGAAAUGAUCAAUGAGAAGGGUUUAGCUCCAGAAGUAGCAGAUAAAAUUGGAGAAUUUAUUAAAUUACAUGGUAAUGUAGAUUUGAUAGCGAAACUGCGCACCGAUCCUAAUUUAUCGAAACAAAAAAAUGCCCACGAGGCGUUAAAUGAUUUAGAAUUAUUGUUUCGUUAUUUACAAUUAUACGAUGUUGUGGAUAAAAUUGUCCUUGACUUGAAAUUAGUCCGUGGUCUUGAUUAUUAUACCGGUGUUGUAUUUGAAGCGGUUUUAACUGAAUACAAGUAUGAUCCAUCGCUGCAGCAAGAUCAAGUCGUUGUUGGAAGUGUUGCUGGUGGUGGAAGAUACGAUGAAUUGGUUCACAAAAUCGAUCCAAAACAACGAAAAGUACCAUGUGUUGGAGUGAGUAUUGGAGUGGAAAGAAUAUUUGCCAUCAAGGAACGACAACUAGCGGAUUCAAAACUCACCCCCAAAACAACUGAAACUGAAGUUUAUGUAGCUUCAGCACAAAAGAAUUUUCUCGAAGAAAGGAUGAAGCUCUGUUCGUACUUAUGGAAACGUGGUUUCAAGACCGAAAUGGCUCUUAAACGUAAUCCAAAAAUGCUUGAUCAAUUGCAAUAUUGUGAAAAAAAUCAAAUAGAUCUUUGCGUGAUUAUCGGCGAAUCUGAAUUACAAAAGAAUGUCGUGAAAAUUCGAAAUGUACCGACAAGAAAAGAAACCGAGAUCAAACGUGAAUUACUCGCUGAUGAACUCCGAUCAAGGCUUGAUACAUUAAAUGAAAAACAACAACAACGAUCAUAG